CAAAUCGAUAAAAAAGGGUUCAAAACCUUUGUCGUAAAGCAGCUGACGGAACAAAAAGCUCGGAGUCGUUCAGACUUGAAGAUCGCAGGCGAGCCGAGAUAAUGGACUUUAUGUUUGAUUGGGAAAAUGAGAACGAUAGGUUUUCUUUUGAAGAUAGUGAGCGAUUUGAGGAGGAUUCACUCUGUUCCUGGAUAAGCGAGCCUGAAAGUCUUUGUAACAAUUGGAGGGGUUGGAAAAGACAAAAUGGUGGGCAAGCGACCAAUAAUAAACAACAGGCUGGGGCUGUGUCUUCUCUGGUAGAGCUAGCCUCCAAGGCUGUAGCUUGUCAUAUACCUUUUGAAGUAGUGGAACACUUCCCACAGCCCAUUCCUGAACAGCUACAGCUCAGGAUUGCGUUUUGGAGCUUUCCUGAAAAUGAAGAGGACAUUAGGCUGUAUUCCUGUUUGGCCAAUGGCAGUGCUGAUGAAUUUCAGAAAGGAGAGCACCUGUACAAAACAAAAUCAGUCAAAGAAGUUUUACAAAUUGGAUUCCACCUGAGUGCCUCCGUGAUCCCUCCCCAAGGCUUACAGCAAGCAAAGGGGAACUUCAAUGUGGCCGUCGUGUUUGAUCGCAGGAGAAUCUCUUCUUGUACAUGUACCUGUAACAGUCAGCCUUCAUGGUGUUCACACGUUGUGGCACUCUGUCUGUACAGAAUUCACCAGGCAACCUCAGUGAAACUAAGAGCACCUGUAUCAGAGUCCCUCUCCAGACUUCACAGGGACCAGCUACAGAAAUUCGCCCAGUACCUGAUUAGUGAAUUACCACAGCAGAUUUUACCAACAGCCCAGAGACUGCUUGAUGAGCUCUUGUCUUCCCAGGAAAAUGCUAUGAACACAGUUUGUGGAGCACCAGACCCAACAGCGGGGCCAUCUGCCAAUGAACAAACAUCCUGGUGUCUGGAUGAGUCAGCUCUGCAUGAAAAUGUGAAAAAGACCCUGGUCAAAUUCUGUGUCCCGUCUCCAAUUGUCUUCAGCGAUGUCAAUUACCUGUCUGCAACGGCACCACCCGCAGCUGCUGAGUGGCAGAGUCUGCUCCGCCCACUACGUGGCCGGGAACCAGAAGGAAUGUGGAACCUGCUUUCUAUCGUAAGGGAAAUGCUGAGGCGUAAUGACAGCAAUGCCGUCCGUUUACUGGAAAUUAUCACUGACGAAGUGCUGCAGUGUGAACAGAUUUUACUAUGGUGGUUCACAACAAAAGUCACAAAUAACAACAAUAACAAUAUAGGGAGGGGAAAUGGAGGAUCAGGAGCUAAUGCCACACAGCAUGCUGCCUCCAGUCUCUGUGAUGAAAUUGUUACACUGUGGAGAUUGUCUGCUUUAAAUCCAAAACUAUCACCAAUACAGAGAGAUGACUUGGUGGUCAAGUUCAGAGAGUGGCAUAUUUCCACCAUUGAAAAAGUGAAAAAGGCUAGAUCUUCUGUAAAUGGAGCAUCCAACACUGGAAUGAAGAAGAAUGACUUGGAAAACUUUGUAGGGUUCAAGCCAAGCAUUGAAGCCUGUAAUUUAGAGUGGACGGACUAUCCAAUUCCUGGAGUUACAUACUCGGAGAAGGAAGGAUCCUGUAUAGUUCAGUACAUAUUUAACAAACACAGUGAAAAGGAUACCAAAAAACCUUCCCGGAUUCAAGCCAUGCCUGUUUGCUUCGACACAAUCAUCAGUACAGAUAACAAGACAACUCUAGCCCAAGCUCACUGUAUGCUUCAAGACGCUCAGGAAUAUUCAAACAUGAGAAGAAAUAAUAACCAUGCUAGUCAGAGAGACUCUAUCAUGAACGAUGGUGCAAUCAGUUCAGGGUCAGAAGGGUUUUGUGAACCAGAACGCAGUAGUUCUUUAUUCAGAGGAGAUUCGGAUUCGGGAUCAGAAAUGAAAGAGGUCAACAGCAGGAGUAAUUCUUUAGAUGGUCAUGACUUAAGAAACUAUGCCCCUGAACUUAUAUCCAGCAGUUUUGGGCUUGAACGAUCAAAUAAUGGUGUUCUUUCUCGCAGUGGAAGUAAUCUGGAUGAAGUGUUUGAUGGAGCAGAGGGAGGUGCCGAUGGAAUGAACAUUGGAAUGUUUGGGUUUGAAGAUGGUGAAAGACAGAUGAUAGAGGAGGUUAAUGCCCAAUCCCACAGGGCCGAAAACAUGGAUGUUCUCCAUCCACUGGAUGAUUAUCAGAUUUAUUACUUCAACAAUCCCAAAAUACCCGAACCUCCCAAGAGUAAAACUGAAAAGUCGGAUGAGCCCAAUCUGUUUGCUGGUGUUAAAGAUCUCAACUCCAUGCAAGAUAUCUUAUUCUCCCGAGCUGAGGCUCUCCAUGCACAUGGUCACACUAGAGAUGCUUGUCGACUGGCUCAGAAGUUAGCCGAAGAACUCCUAAGUAACCCACCAGACCUGCUGGCUGAAACUGCUAAUCUUCCAUCAUUGAAAGGAAAGAAGAAGAAAGUCUUAACCAGUAUUAGUUUGCUGGCAAGUUCCACUUUGUCGAAAGCAGCCUUUCUAUGCAGUGUUUUAGCAGAGGAAACAGAGUGCCACCACUUAGCUUUUAAAGUUGGAAUGUUUGGUUUAGAAAUGCCAAGACCCCCAGCAUCAAGCAAAGCUCUUGAGGUAAAACUAGCUUAUCAGGAGUCGGAGAUAUUGAACCUAAUGAAAAAGAUUCCACUGGGGCCUGCAGAGCUGGCUGUUUUACGUGAGAAGGCAGAGGAGCUCCGUGACGGAUCGUUUAAGACCCGUGGUGAUGCACUUCUCCCUCUCACGCUAGCCACCUUUAUUUUUGAUUCCCUCUGUUUACCAGCGUUCCCUGUGGGUAGUUCCAGUAGCCGCCCUCCCAGUAGAUCAGUACAGAUCACGGUCAGAACCAGUAUUGAUGAGAAGCUAGGAUUUGAUGGAGCCGUAGCAGCAUUAGGAUUAAAGGCCAAUGUCUCAGAAGCUGAACAUCCCCUGUUGUGUGAGAGUACCAGGCGACAGAGAGGAGAACUGGCUAUAGCCAUGCUAGUGCAUUACAAGGAUGAUCCAAUUAAACUUAGCAAGAUCAUGGAUAGAUUGCUGGAUAAGGAGGUCCAUCAGUUGUACAAAGCACCUAGUCUUGUUAACUAUUUAGGGGUGAAAACCUCUUCAUCUCAUGCCAGCAGCACCGCCAGUGGUAAUGCAGGAACUUCCCCUAACCCCCAGGCUUGUGGUGGUGUAGCUGAACCACCUGGUUCCUCCAGGGCAGGGAGUAGCGCCGCCAGUGGUGGUGCAAGUGCCCAGCCCGCUGUCCUUACAGCUAGUGACGUAAACCCAGCCCCCAACCGAACAGCUGUUGGGGCAAGGCCAAAGAUCACUUAUCCCCUCAGGUAUAACAGUGGAAAAGAUACAGAUAGCUCUGCUGUAGAAGAAGAAGAUGAAGUGAGAGCUCUAGAGGCUAAGCUGAGAUGUAUGGCUCAGAAAAAGAAACCCUCACAAGGUAUGGCCAGUAUUGAUAGCAGUGCUCCAGAAACAACGUCCAGUGACAACUCCCCCACACUAAUCCGAAGGACGUGGAGUAAGCAUCAGGGCCCCGGCAGUGACUGUGGUAGUAGUGCUGACAGUGACUCCCUGGGCUCCAGCAGCUCGGGGGAGAAGGACCUACGGGCUAAAAUGAGGGACAAUGAUAGUCCACCAGAUAUGAUGCCUGCCCCACGUCCCAGGUCUCAACCAUUGUGUUUAGAGUCUAGGAGCAGUACACCUAAUGUUAAAAAUACUAGGUUCAAAGGUAAAAGUAGGAUGAUGCCAACAGUGCCUAACCAGCCAAGUGAAGCCAUCGCACAUUUCAUGUUUGAGCUGUCCAAGACCGUACUGGGGAAGGCAGGAGGAAAUAGUUCCACCUCAUUGUUUACACAGCCCACCAACACAAACACAACUACUGGACCCCAUCGCAACCUACACAUCUGUGCAUUCCAGAUUGGUGUGUAUGCCUUGGGUCUGAACAAUUGUGUCUCUCCUAACUGGCUGUCCAGGACCUAUUCUUCACAUGUUUCUUGGAUCACAGGCCAAGCCAUAGACAUUGGAAGCAUUGCCAUAAAUAUCUUGAUUGACACAUGGGAAGGCCACCUGACACCCCCAGAAGUUGCCUCAUUGGCAGAUAAGGCUUCAAGAGGCAGGGAUCCAGCCAUGGUGAGGGCUGCAGCUGACCUAGCUCUCUCAUGCCUCCCGCAUGCCCAGGCCCUCAACCCCUCUGAGGUCCAAAGAGCUAUCUUCCAGUGUAAGGAACAGAGCAGAGACAUGCUGGAGAGGGCCUGCCUGGCUGUGGAGAGUGCAGCCAAAGGGGGAGGAGUCUAUCCAGAGGUCCUGUUUGAUGUGGCCAGGCAGUGGUUCGAGUUAUCUGAAGAGGCUGCCAAAACGAACGAAGCUUCUAAUGUAUCUCGAAACCAUUCUCAUCAGGCGGAGCUUGACAGUGACAAUUCAAACUCCUCAUCCUUGGCGACAGAGAGACAGAGUCCCCUGGGACUCCAAGUUCUUCCCAUGUCAUCAUCUUCAAAUCAUCAAGUGUCUAAUCAGGUCGUGUCCCAUGCUAAUCCCACCCUAGCCCAACCCAUGGUUUUGUCCUACACAAUUCCACCCGCCAAUCACCACCAGCUACCUCAUCAAGCACUGGUCCAGCAUAUAGGUUACGUCCAGCAGCUUUCUCCAUUUGGUCAACAGUUUACCCAACAACAUAUCCCCAUCCAUGGCCACAAUGUUCAUCAUCCAUAUGUCACCUUCCCAUACCAAACCCAACCCCCUUUUAACAAUCUUCAGCUACAACAAGCUCCCAAUGUCUACUCUGCAAAUCCUCCACAGUUCCGGCCCCUGGGUACAGCAGUUCAGGUGUUUCCCCAACAUUCACAUUGCCAGAUCACCCCCAUUCAGUGCCCCCCAUCAUCCUCAGCUGGAGGGGCUCCCCAACAGCCAAUACACCAAGCGGAAGCUUUGGUGGAGGUAUCUUCUAAUUCCCCCAGCCCACCUCAACAAGGGUCAACACAGGGUCAUCAUGGACCCAGUCAUCUAGACAACGAGACUCAGUUGAAUUAUCUCAUGGCUUCCUUCAGAGUAGGAAUGCUGGCUUUGGAGACCCUAUCAAGAAGAGUUCAUGAUGAUAGACCACAGACUAAAUAUGCUCGCAAUCCACCUUAUGGAGAAGACGUUAAAUGGCUUCUCGGAAUUGCUGUGAAAUUAGGAAUAAAUUAUCUGCAGCAGUUCUGUGCGAGUGCAGUAAAUGCGGUGGUCAGUCCUUUUGUGCUGUAUGACAUAGCGAUUGAAGCGGCCCAUGUCCUGGCAAGAAGUAAUCCUGUCGUUGUCCAGAAUCACAUGAGAUCAAACAUCCUCAACCCUCUCAUUCAAAAAUGCCUGAACAUGUUUAAUCAAUGUGCCCAUCAAAAAAUUCAUCACAUAAACCAGUCGGAUUAUGACGACUUUGUGAGCACCAUCUGCAGUGCUAGGAACGCCUUCUGCCUUACUCCCGGAGGUCUGGUUCAGUUCCAGGAACUGCUGCAGAGUCUACGGAGGUCCAAAUCUUGUCGGAAGGACCUUUGGACCAGAAUCUUACACGCACUAGCGACGGGAAAUGUUUGAUAUCCAACAGGAUUAGUAAUUCUAUUAAACUAAAAUAAAUUAAAAAUCAGGAACUUAGUAUAGAUUUUUAUUAUUUUUGAUUAAGUAAGUCAAUUAGAAAAUGUUGAAAAAAAUAUAUAUAUAUAUUUAUGACUGUGAACUUGUGUUUUACGAAUUUUAUUAUUUACCAUUUCAAAGUCAUACCCUAUACUUGACUAUGUUUUACAUUUGUUUGUUAAAUGUUUACAGUUUCCGUUUACUUCAAUUUUUUUUUUUUUUGGUUGGAAAUAAAUAGCAUUUUUGUAUGUUGAUUCUUAGUUUCAUUUACAAAUCCAGUUAAAACUAUUUAUAUAUAUUUUUGGUUUUUAAAAUGAAACUCUUGUUUAUCCUGUAUUUUGUUGAAUCUUCUCUUCCUUUACUGUAGUUGUCCGAGCGAUACAUACACACGUUGCCAAAUAAAUACUAGAUAUUUUAAUAACUGUCUGAAAUGAAAAUAAGAAGAGAGUGUAAUUUAUCAGAAUGAGUGUACUGCUAGCUAACAGGAAAUAUGUACAUACUUGAAAGUUUAUGCAUAAGAAUGUCUGAUAUUGAGUGAAAAAAUAUGACAAGUGGUCAUUAUACAUUCAAAAUGAAAGUAUUGUGUAACACCAAGGUCAAAAGAUAACAAAUGCAUGUUGAACAUGUUGAAUAUCGCAGUUACUUUGUAUGAACUGUUUUUGUGAUUAAUGUAAUGUGCUCAUAAGAAACAAAAAGAUCCUUAUAUAUAAGUAUAUUGAUAGUGUGAGUUGAAUGUUUAAAUCAUAAGGCCAAGAAUGACUUUAAUUUCUACCAUCUUUUUAUACUGAGAUUAUUUAAGAAAUAUCAUUGAAAAGAUACUCUGUAUAUAUAUUGAAGUUAAAAUACAACAACUUUUUUUUGGAAAAUACAUCUAUUGUAUUUAUUAGAAAUGAUGGGAACUAUUUUUAAUGGAAAUGGUUAAAAUGAUUAUCAGAAAACCAUUGUGUUAUGGUGUAAGGAACAUCUGAUCAAUUGUUUUUUAACACAAGAAAAAAAAAAAGAAACAAAAAAAAUUCCUAUGUAACAUUUUCCUUGUUGUUUAGUAUUUAGAAAUUUAUUUGUGUGUUGUUUUGAUCCUUGAAAAGAGAAAAAAAAAAAAGUGUGCUGAGCAUACCUUAACGAUAAUGCAAUACGGAAACUUCUAUAUUUUAUUGUCGCUGAACAAACAUAUUAUAUUCUUCAUAUCAUUGGAAAAUAUCACUAGAUUGAAAUGCUUCAUUUGUCAACUGUUCUAUUUUUAUAAAAUCCCCAUACAGUCCAUAUUUCUAUAAAUAACCUUGUUUGUUGUAAACACAUGUAAUAUUUAUUUUCACCUCACACCCUCUCACAUAUACUACAUGUAUUAUCCCUCUCUGCACCAUGUAUAUAAGUAUUCAUUGUCUACAUGUAUUAUUUAAGACAGAAAACCUUAGUAUUUAUUUGAUCACUAGUAUUGUACUAAUGGAUUCUUGUCUUCCAGGGUGUUUUGUUACUCAUGAUCACCAAGUUCAGUCACAACAAGGACAUUUUGAAAGAAUCAUAUGCAACAAAUGCCUUUUAUUUUCCAGAUAUGAAUAAAGCCACAUCAAUUUAAUUUCUUGCUUGUCAGACCUAUAGAAAUAAUAUUUUUAAUUUCUUGCAUCUAAGAAAUCCUGUUCUAUUUAUUUGCACUCUAUUUUUCAUAUUUUAAACUGUUUUAAUAUAUAAAUCAGAAAAAGGUAGAAAUAAUGUAAUCCUCUGCUCAAAUUUAUUUAUAAAGCACCUAAGCAUUUUGCCAACGAAAAAUAAUAUUUUUAUUAUUCUGUCGUUCUCCCACUCAUACUUUUUUCAUCAGGUGUUCAACGAAUAGGAAAUUAAAUUAGUGUAGCCUAAAUAGAUAAAUAAAUCAUUGAAUAUAGAAUUGCAAGAAGCCUGAAAAGCUUUGUUAAAAUACAGAAACAUUAUGUGUUUAUGAACACAUUUAAUUGAUAAAUUUAUCAGUUAUAUAUUUUUUUUGUAAAGUUUUUAUUUUUAAUUAUUAGUCCAUAUUGGGAAAAAGUCUGCUCUUGUUGCACAUGAUUCUUUGAAAAUGUAGAAUUGAAUAAAUUUAAAAUACUACAGUACUUCAAUCAUGUAAUGGAGAAACCAUGUUAAGUUUGAAAGAUCAUUAUUUAGAUUGAAAGUGAAAGAUGUGAUUGCAAUUUUCAAAUUAAUAAUUGGAUAGCUUUAUGAAGCUGAAACAUUCACUAUGCAAAUCUUUGGAAUCUUGGCAAUCAGUACUAUAUUUUGGUGGUAAACUGUAACUUGUGGCAGUGCAAAAAAUGAUAUAAGAACUUACUGAAAUUUAUAGAUGUAAGGGUAAUCUACAAAAUCAUGAAUAUCAUUGUGACUCAAGUCAAUGUUCCUUAAGGUGGUACGGGACACCUCCAUGAUGUGACUUAUUAUUUAUCAAAAUAAUAAAUAAAGGGAUCACUACGAAGUCAUGAGUUCGAAUCCUGGUGGGGAUUUUAAAAAUUUAUUUUUCCAAAAAUCUUUAAAUUUAUUUUUUUGGUUAAAUAUUUUAAAAAUUGAAAAUUCUAAACCGGUGAAAGUAUUUUAAUUAUAAUGUACUUUAAUCCACAUUAAUAUUGAUAGAUGUCCCAUACCACCUUAAUUCUUACCGAAUAGUGUACACAAUAAUAAUCCACUUUAGAAAUUAAUGAUCCUAGUUUGUACUAAUAAGGCAGUAUUUUGAUUUAUAUAAUUCUUGAUUUUUUUUAUUUUAACAAUUGAUAAUACCCUAUACCAUAAGAAUCACUGUUUAUGCAGAUUUUUCUUUUGGUGGACAAUACAAUGUAUUUUUUCAAUUAUAAAUGUCUUUUAAAAAUUGCACUGUAGAAUGGAAUUAUAAUCACACAACAUGCAGUUUCAAGAUGCAGCACAUAAAUGUGUUUUUGGUCAAUAUGCAAGACCAAUAUGUCCCCAAACAUGACAGAAAUUGAUCUCAGAUAUAAUUAUUAUAAUUCAUAUGUAAUGGAUAUCAAUAUUUAAUAAUGUAACAUCUUUGUCAGCAGUUAGAAUCCGAUCUCUGCCCCGCCCCCUGUCAAUCACCAUGGGGACACCUGUCUGUGUUCAAGACAUAUAAAAGUAGGAAUAAUAAUCCUGUAAUUUACCCUAUGCACUUCAUUCUCUUGGCGUCAGGUUAUGCAUAUUAGGUAAUAUCCAGAUACUGUGGCUGGAGUAUUGUUUUGCAAAUAUUGCAUCCAUAUUCAGGUUGAAAUAUCUAUAUAUCAUUGUCUAGUCAAACGAUUAUAAAAAUUUCAAAGAUUCAUCCUCCAUUUCAUGUUUUGGUUAAUUUUUUUUCUCCAAAAAGGCAUUAUUAAAAAAGGUUAAACUUCUGAUUUUGUUGUAAUUGAUACUUUCACACGAACCUUUUUCUUUAAAAAACUCUAGAUUUUUUUUUUAAUUUGGUAUUGUAUUGAAAUCAAAUGAUGAUUAAAUGUUAAGAUAUAGUUUGUUUUUAUUAGUAAUUUAUUGAAAUUGUAUUAAAUUUGAUACUGCAUAUUUAAAUAUUCUAAUUCCUACAGGUACAUGUUUAAAAAAAUACUUGUGAACAUAUGUAUUUUAAAAAAUAUUGUUUGUCCAAAAAUGUUUUGGAAAAAAAAACUGUUUACCAUAAACUUAAGAUUUGUAAUUUCUUUUUACUGUAACAUCAGUCGAGUUGUUCUCUGAUAGUUGUCUUGACAUCAAUUCCAUUACUAUCACCUCACACCAAAUCCCAGUCAAUAAACAGUGAAAACAAAA